CGGGCCAAUCGAAAGUGAAAGUACAGACGCCAUUUUGAUGAAGCCACUGAAAACCAUUUUGCAGCGCCAGUGUGCUGCUGUCACAACCUGAGCAUAAUCAGCUUCAAAUACAAGCAAUCCUGUUUGGACCAACAACCGAGACAGAACAAACGAUUCCGCUGUUCCGGAGAGAAUUCCGCCGUUGUCCGCGCGAACGGCGUGGAUAAAUCUAAAUCAUGGCCUCGGCAAGUGCCACAAGACAGACAGCAGCUGACCAACUCUGAAAAUUUCUGCUGGAGCUGCGCGACGCACUGGACAGCGCAGAGAUUAAUAGUGAAGAUCAACAGUUCUUUCUCAGUUCCACGCAACAGAAUUGUUCAUCAGUAUGGAUUCUUAACUCGGACAUUUCAUCUAGGUCUAUAUCUCAUCAAACAACCAGGGCGCAGAAAUAGUUUUGAUGGUGAUCAGCCCAACAUGGCCAAAACAUCAGCUGCUGAUCAGCCUGAGAGCUAUGGAAUAAAAAGAGAGCAAACAAACAUUAUGGCAAAUCUGUGUUUAAAUUUGGUCUUGCUGGGAAGAACUGGAGCUGGGAAAAGUGCAUCAGGAAACACAAUACUGGGACACAAAGCAUUCAAAUCAAGGACAAGUUACAAACCAGUAACUGAAGAUGUUACAGCUGAAACUGGCCGUGUUUGUGGAUUACCAGUCACUGUUUAUGACACACCUGGAUUUUCCGGUGCAGAGAGUAAGAAGGAGCUUCAGAUGUAUGAAGAAGUUCUGCAGAAAUGUGAAUCAGGUCUCUGUGUGUUUCUGCUGGUCUUCAAAGCUGGCAUAUUCACUAAAGAGGAUCAAGAAAUUGUGGAGAAGACUGAAGAGAUCUUGGGAAAAAAUAAUUUAAAAAACACCUGGAUUCUCUUCACCAGAGGAGAUCAGCUGGAAGAUGCAAAAUUGACAAUGAAUGAAUUCAUUAAUGAGACUGAAAGCUUGAAGAAACUCGUUCAGAAAUAUGAGGGCAGAUUCCACGUGUUCAACAACAAGACAAAAGGACACUGUGACCAAGUGAGACCACUGAUAUCUAAAGUUUUCCAGAACAACUUGAAGAAUUUGGCAAAAAAUCCACAGCAAAGUGUUAACAUCUGUGAUAUUGCUGCUGAUAGUCUCUCGUCCAGACGGAUUGUUCUUCUGGGUAAAACUGGAGUUGGGAAGAGUGCAGCUGGAAACACAAUACUGGGACAGAAAGAGUUCAGAUCUGAGGGGGGGAAGAGAUCAGUAACCCGUGAAUGUUCAGAAGUUCACACCACUGUUUCAGGCAGGAAAGUGUCAAUUGUUGAUACUCCUCCAUUUUUUGACACAAAAAUGAACCCUGAAGCAUUCAUGACAGAGAUAUUGAGAAGUGCUUAUUUCUCCAGUCCUGGACCUCAUGCUUUUCUCAUUGUGUUUCCUGUGAUUAUGAAGAUCACUGAUCAGGAGCAGCAGAUUCCUCAAAUCAUUGAGAUGAUGUUUGGUGAAGAAGUGUUAAAAUACUCCAUCAUUCUCUUCACUCAUGGAGAUCUGCUAAAAAAACAAGAUUUAGAAGAACUCAUGCAGGAAAACAGGGGUUUAAGACGUCUAGUGGAGGAGUGUGGAGGCAGAUAUCACGUCUUUAACAAUGAAGAUCAGAAUAACAGAGAGCAGGUGAAUGAUCUACUGCAGAAGAUUGACACAAUGAUAGAGCAGAAUGGAGGAGGACACUACAGUAAUCAGAUGUAUGAAGAUGCUUGGAGAUUCAGACGAGAGGAAAGAGAAAGAAAACAGGGGGUGAACCAAAGGCAUGAAGAGACUGCUUUAACUUGCUCUUCUGUGAAUCUGUCAGGGUUAGGGUCUCAACUGAAAUCUGAAGCAGAAGGAUCUAAAGAAAAGAGUCAGCUUGAAAAAAAGUCAUAUUAUUCAAAGUAUUGGAAUUUUUCUGCUCUUGGAGCUGCUGUUGCUUCAGCUGUUGGAGUGAUCACUAAUCCGAUUACUCUGGCUGCUGGAGCUGUUGGAGGAGUUGUUGCUGGAGCUGCUGCUGCUACUGCUGGAGCUGUUGGAGGAGUUGUUGCUGGAGCUGCUGGAGCUGUUGGAGGAGUUGUUGCUGGAGCUGCUGCUGCUGCUGGAGCUGUUGGAGGAGUUGUUGCUGGAGCUGCUGCUGCUGCUGUUGGAGGAGUUGUUGCUGGAGCUGCUGCUGCUGCUGCUGGACCUGUUGGAGGAGUUGUUGCUGGACCAGCUGGCACUCAGAGGAGGCAGAGUGAGGAAAAGGAGGAAGAACAGGAGGAAAAGAAUGAGAAAUCUGACACUUGAGGGAGGAAAAAUGAGUAAAAAGAAAAGAGAUGAGAGUUAGAUAAAAAGAGAGAGUUAAAGAGAUGGCUUUGGACCAGAGUUUACUUCAGAUUCUUGAGAGAACUAGUGAAACCAUGUCAAUACAAGAGCUGUGGAAUAUAUCAUUUUUGCGAUGCUGAUGAGCACGAUCCGUUUGGUUAACUGUCGGGUAAAAUCAUCUGAUGUGUACUACAGUACACUCAAAAAAUAAAUAAAUAACUAACAUAAAAUCAACACUAACUUACUGGCAACAAA